CCCGAUUCAGUGAAAGUCGCUUAUUUCUGGUGCAAACAAGGCAGCCAGACACACACACACACACACACACAUACACACGAUUUUUGGAGGGGAGGGGGGCGGGUAACGUUUCAGUUGUAGUCUCUUAAGCAGAUCUGAUCGUUGCUUCUGUGGUCAGAUACUAUAACUGUGAGAAGAAACCAGCAAAUAUCAAUGAAAUGGAACGGAGAGAAUUUGGCAGCACAAGCGGCAUUUGACAACUCACCAUUUUCUUGUUUGCAAGAAAUGUUUCGUUUUCCCCCAACAGUAGCAAUUUCCCGGGGACUUUAGGCGAUUGCGAUAUUUUUUUUUUUCAUCCUAAAGAUCGGCUUUUAAAAAAAAUCUAAUAAUACAAAAAAGCCCCCCCAAAACUUCUCCACCCUUUUAUGUAAAGUAUUUGAAUUUCCUGCAACUUGAAAAGAGAAGCAAGAGCAAAGGAACGUCAAGUCGGCUUUACAAGAUGAGAAGACGCAACAACAUCUGCACUUAGUAAGGUAUUUGGAAUUAUCCCAGAUCUUGAAGAAUGGGGGCGAGUGGAGAUUUUCUGAUCUUACCGUAAAAGUGAGAUCAUCCUUUUCCCCCUCCCCCUGUGGAAAAAAAAAAGAGAGAGAGAGAGGAGGAAAAUUAUUUGCUACUGGUGUUUGCUUCACUUCUCUUAAGUAAAGAAGGCAUCUUGGGACUCAGACGAUUGUCUGUGAUUUGCUGUAGCUGUCAUUAAAUAUCUAUCAGCCACACAAAGAAAGGAGGGGGGAGAGCCAUUGGCAGCCACGAAGGUGUUUGGCAAUCGCGUCUGAUCCAUGUUCGUAAAGCACUUGAAACACCGUUAGAGUCCAUCCCCUCUUUUCUGAUGUACAUUAUUGCAACCCAGGAAUACACAAUCAAACUCGCACCGCAUCGAUUCGCCAGCGCUCGCUAAACCCAGGAUUUCACCAAUGAACUUGGACCUCCCCCGCCCCCCGCAAAAAAGUAAUCUUCAAAGGAGAGUUUGUGAGUGAGUGUGUGAGUGUGUGUGUGUGUGUGGCGGGAGGGGGGGAUUUUUGCAAGCAAGUGCUGCCCAGUCUCCCCAGCGAAGGCGUCUCGGGGCACUGCAAAGAUUGAAAGAAUAGAAACCUAGGCAGCAUCACCAUCUCCCCGACCCUCCAGCCGGAGCUACUUCGCGAGACGUGCACAGACAGCGACGGAGAGGUGCAAAGUGGAGUUGCUCGCUGCUUGGGCUCCAGCAAGGUGUGCGCUGUGCAAGCCGGGGCGCUGGAGGUGCGUUUGCUGCGGCAGCAGCAGCCGGCCAGCUCCCCAGACCCGGGGCACGCUGCUUUGCCUGUUGCCGCCGCCGCUGCUCCAGCGCCGAGCCGGGAGCCGGAGCCAGGGGCGCCGCCUGAAGCUCUGCCGACUCCCGCCAGCGACCCCCCCCUUCUUUAUGCCGUGAUCUCCGCGCCCGGCCAGGCACCGGGCGUGCGGGGCGGGGCGGACGGCGGGCGCUCCCCGGCCCUCCUGCGCGCACCCCUCGUCGGGGGGCUUCCCCGCCGCCGGCCUCUGGGGCGAUUUGUCAAACUUCCCCCUCCGCCUGCCCGCCCGCCUGCCUCUCCCUGCGGGCCGCCGCCGCCGCCGCCGCCGCAUGCACAGCCGCAACACCCCCCAGCCCGCCCGCCGAGCCUGGGGCCGCUCACCGGAUCUCCGGGGCUGAAGCAACUCUGCCCACCCCUGCCCCGAGGCAGCCCACCCCCUCCUGGCACCCGCGGCGGCCGCAGGAGCUCAGCAUGCCGAGGAGGAAGCAGCAAGCGCCCCGGCGCGCAGCAGCCUAUGUUUCAGAUGAACUGAAGGCUGCAGCACUGGUGGAGGAAGACAUGGAACCUGAUGAAAAUGCAACUGAUGGGGAACCUUCAGCAAAAUACGUGUGCCCAGAAAAAGACUACAGUAAGAACUGCCAGAGCUACCAAAACUCUCCAGCUGCUGAAUUUUCCAGCCACGAAAUGGACAGUGAGUCACACAUCAGUGAGACAAGUGACCGAAUGGCAGAUUUUGAAAGCAGCUCUAUCAAAAAUGAGGAAGAGAGCAAGGAGGUGGCAAUACCGCUUGAAGAUUCUGCUGUGUCUGAUAGCUUAGAACAAAUGAAAGCCGUCUAUAAUAACUUCCUUUCCAAUUCCUACUGGUCCAAUCUCAAUUUGAAUCUCCACCAGCCGACUUCAGAAAAAAACAACGGCGGCAGCAGCAGCAGCAGCAGCAGCAGCAGCAGCAGUUGUGGGAGUGGUAGCUUUGACUGGCACCAGACUGCUAUGGCAAAGACACUGCAGCAAGUUUCUCAGAGCAGAAUUCUUCCCGAACCCAGUCUUUUUAGCACAGUUCAGUUGUACAGACAAAGCAGUAAGCUUUAUGGCUCUAUAUUUACUGGAGCCAGUAAAUUCCGUUGUAAAGACUGCAGUGCUGCCUAUGACACUUUAGUAGAAUUAACAGUGCACAUGAAUGAAACAGGACAUUAUCGAGAUGACAACCAUGAAACUGAUAACAAUAACCCUAAAAGAUGGUCCAAACCUCGUAAACGUUCUUUGCUUGAAAUGGAAGGGAAAGAAGAUGCCCAGAAAGUAUUAAAGUGUAUGUACUGUGGCCAUUCCUUUGAAUCUCUUCAGGACUUGAGUGUUCAUAUGAUCAAAACAAAACACUACCAAAAAGUGCCUCUGAAGGAACCUGUUACACCCGUAGCAGCAAAAAUUAUCCCAGCUACUAGGAAAAAAGCAUCACUGGAGCUUGAACUUCCAAGUUCUCCAGAUUCCACAGGUGGGACACCGAAAGCAACAAUCUCGGACACCAACGAUGCACUGCAAAAGAAUGCAAAUCCUUACAUUACGCCAAAUAAUCGUUACGGUCACCAGAAUGGUGCCAGCUACGCUUGGCAUUUUGAGGCAAGGAAAUCUCAAAUUCUCAAAUGCAUGGAGUGUGGAAGUUCCCAUGAUACUUUGCAGGAACUCACUGCCCACAUGAUGGUGACAGGACAUUUUAUAAAAGUCACCAACUCUGCCAUGAAGAAAGGGAAGCCAAUUAUAGAAGCCCCAGUGACGCCAACAAUAACAGCUCUACUAGACGAAAAAGUACAGUCUGUGCCACUCGCAGCCACCACUUUUACAUCUCCCUCCAACACGCCUUCUAGUGUCUCCCCAAAAUUGAAUGUUGAAGUAAAAAAAGAAGUAGAUAAAGAGAGAGGGGUUGCUGAUGAUAAAAUGAAAGAGAAAGAGAAGUCAAAUGAAGAUGAGGAAAAGUAUGAUAUCUCCUCAAAAUAUCAUUAUUUGACUGAAAAUGACCUGGAAGAAAGUCCUAAAGGGGGACUAGAUAUUUUAAAGUCUUUAGAAAACACAGUAACAUCAGCUAUAAACAAAGCCCAGAAUGGUACACCAAGCUGGGGUGGCUAUCCCAGUAUUCAUGCUGCCUACCAGCUACCUAACAUGAUGAAGCUGUCGUUGGGUUCAUCGGGAAAAAGUACACCCUUAAAAUCUAUGUUUGGAAACAAUGAAAUAGUGUCACCGACUAAAAACCAGCCCCUACUGUCGCCACCAAGCAGUCAAACCUCCCCUGUGCCAAAAACGAACUUUCAUGCCAUGGAAGAAUUGGUAAAGAAAGUCACGGAGAAAGUGAUUAAAGUUGAGGAAAAAAUGAAAGAACCUGAAGGAAAACUGUCUCCAGUGAAACGUGCGACACCUUCGCCAUGCAGCAGCGAAAUCAGUGAACCCCUCAAAAUGGAUGCCUCCAAUGAUGGUGGUUUUAAAAGCCAACAGAACAGCCCAGUUCCUCAGAGGGAUAGUUGCAAGGAUAGUACAGCUAUAGAACCAGUGGAAAAUGGUAAAGAGCCUGUAAAGUCAAUUGCAAGUACAUUAAGCAGCAGCACAGCUAUUAUUACAGAUCAUCCUCCCGAACAACCAUUUGUAAAUCCAUUAAGUGCACUGCAGUCUGUCAUGAAUAUUCAUCUUGGGAAAGCAGCAAAGCCAUCUUUGCCUGCUCUGGAUCCAAUGAGCAUGCUUUUUAAAAUGAGCAACAGUUUGGCAGAAAAGGCUGCGGUGGCCACCCCACCUUUGCAGUGCAAAAAAACAGACCACUUAGACCGUUAUUUUUAUCAUGUCAACAAUGACCAACCCAUAGAUUUGACGAAAGGCAAGAGUGACAAAAGCUGCUCUUUGGGUUCAGCGCUUUUGUCAUCCACAUCAACAUCUUCUGCAUCUUCUUCAUCUACAGUGACAACAGCAAAGACAUCUGCAGUCGUGUCAUUCAUGUCAAACUCGCCGCUACGCGAGAAUGCCUUGUCAGAUAUAUCUGAUAUGCUGAAGAACCUGACAGAAAGUCACACAUCAAAAUCUUCCACACCUUCCAGCAUAUCUGAGAAAUCUGACAUUGAUGGUACCACAAUAGAGGAACCAGAAGAGACUACACCAGCUCAGAAAAGGAAGGGACGUCAGUCUAACUGGAAUCCUCAGCACUUGCUCAUUCUGCAGGCCCAGUUUGCAGCCAGUUUACGACAGACAUCAGAGGGAAAAUACAUAAUGUCAGACUUGAGCCCUCAAGAAAGAAUGCACAUUUCAAGGUUUACGGGACUCUCAAUGACCACAAUUAGCCACUGGCUAGCCAAUGUGAAAUACCAGCUCCGAAGGACGGGAGGAACUAAGUUCCUUAAAAAUUUGGACACUGGGCAUCCAGUGUUCUUUUGUAAUGACUGUGCUUCACAGAUCAGAACUCCUUCAACUUAUAUCAGUCAUCUUGAAUCACAUCUAGGUUUCAGGUUAAGAGAUUUGUCCAAACUGUCCAAUGAACAGAUUAACAAUCAGAUAGCACAAACAAAGUCACCAUCUGAAAAACUGGUGACAUCAUCUCCAGAGGAAGAAAUUGGAACUUCCUAUCAGUGUAAACUUUGUAACAGGACUUUUGCAAGCAAGCAUGCUGUUAAACUUCAUCUUAGUAAAACACAUGGGAAGUCACCAGAGGAUCAUCUUCUGUAUGUUUCGGAGUUAGAGAAGCAGUAGCAUUUGCUUUUGAUUAAAAUAACUGUAAUUUGCUUUGAGGAAAACUGUCAAAGACGCCUUAAAGCAACUGUUUAGUUCUUGGCACAUGUUCUUAUUUUAACUCCAGAGAGUCACUCUGGGCUGAACUGUUUUGUAUAAUUGUACAGUGUUUAAUAGAGGUGCAUAAUCAGCUGUUGUUACUGGUAAAAUAUGAAGGUUAAAAUGCAGUGGUAAGUGUUUGGAACUUUGUGUAAAUUGGAUUUAGUUGCUGUGCAUCCCUCUGAUGCAUCAAGCUGCAUGCAUUAACAGACAGUUUAAUUAAGCAUUUAUAACUAAUUCUGGUGCACUUUUUUCAUGUGACCUAAGUGUGCUGGUAUUUCUCACCCUAUAAUCUUUAGCCCUCUGAGUACUUUGAAACACUUUUGCUUUAAUUUGGUAAAAUGUAUGGAUAUGUUUUUUAAAACUCUUACCAGCUUAGUUCUAAAUUACUAAUAUGAACCUCCAUUUAUGCAGAGGUGUAUCACACCUUGAAAUUUAAAAUAUUAUUUUCACAUUGAAACAUAGAUGUAUAUAUUGUAUAGAUUUCAAAAUCUCUUAUGGAAAUGCAAUUGUGAUUAAUGCCAUGUUUUUCUUCAGCAUUUUUAGUAAUGACGGUUUUUGUACCUGAUAUGCCUCAGGUAUAAGCUAUACCUAUAUAUAAUGUAUAUUUCCUUUUUUAGGUCUAAGAGUUUUUCUUUUAACAUCCAAACAUUGUAAAUUAUAUGAAAGGCACCACGAAUAGCAUUUAUAAAGUAUUCAGAAACAUUAUUCUUAAAGCAAAGUAUGAUUGUUUUGUUUUGCUAUACAGUACAUCUAUAUUGAUAGAGGUUCAUGUUUAAAUUAUACAUAUUUAUUAGUAUCGUUAUCAUUUGUUUUUAAACCAACUGAAUAACAGAAGCCAUGGACUGCAUCCUUGGCCUGCAUUAUAACUAUUUUGCACAACAUGACUUUUAAAGGUAUUUAUUAGUAAAAGAAAAUUUAAAUAAAAUAAAAAGUGAGAGAAUUCAAAAUAAACUCAGUGCUCAAAGGGUUAAAUCUAUUUGAAAAACUUGUACUGUAUUUCCUAAACAUUGAUAAAGCCUUUAAAAUGUUUGUACUGUAAUAUUUUGCUUAAAAGUUAUGAGGCAUUCUGUGAUAUAACCUUUUACUUAUUUAUAAGCGCUAUUGGUUGUUAUUUCAUAUUGUAGAAUGCCUUUUUAUUUCAAUUGGUAACUUUCUGUUUUGUUCUGCCUAAUUAUUCUCCCAAGAUUCCAUACUGCAGCUUUAUCUUUAGGCAUAUGAAAGGUAACCCGUGGUUACCAGCACACUAAGUGAUUCUGUUCGUCUCCAUUUUUGGCAGUUAAUUUGCAGAAGUAACUGACAGCUGACACCAUAUGAGAAUCUAUGUAUAAAAUAUUGGCAUGUAAACAGCACAGACACUGUAAUGCACUCUGUGCCCUGUUUUGUUGUUGACAAUGAAGCACCAUUAUAUGACUCUUCAUAUAACCUUUUUUUCUACAGCAGCAUUAAAAUUGUCUUUUUGCUAUAAUUUUGUGUUGCAUUCACAAUUAUGUCUGAAAUGUGCUACGACUAACGAGCACAUUAAAAUUAAAUUGUAUGCUAUCUGUU